UCUCGGCUAUUUUCGCUGUUGCUGGCUUUUUCAGGGGCUGCUCGCUCGCAGCCAGAGACGCUGCUUUUUUUCCGGGUUCGGAGUCGUUCCGGAUGCUUUAGGCUGCCGGAUGUCUGAUCUCCGGAUAACUGAGGCGUUUCUGUACAUGGAUUAUCUGGGAAAACAACAGUAAACUAGAAUGUCUGAAUGUAUCCAGAUCUCAAUUGCUGUUUGUAGAAUUGGCAUUUACACGUGUUUUAGAGCACUUUGCUGCAAGGGACCACCACCUGCACGCCCAGAAUAUGACCUGGUUUGCAUAGGCCUCACAGGUUCUGGCAAGACAAGUCUGUUGUCAAAGCUUUGCAGUGAAAGCCCUGAGGAAGUUGUGUCAACUACAGGUUUUAGUAUAAAAGCAGUGCCAUUCCAGAAUGCCAUCUUGAAUGUAAAAGAACUUGGAGGGGCUGAUAAUAUCCGGAAAUACUGGAGCCGCUACUACCAAGGAUCUCAAGGGGUAAUAUUUGUAUUAGACAGUGCCUCUUCAGAAGAUGAUUUAGAAACUGCUAGAAAUGAACUGCACUCAGCUCUUCAGCACCCACAGUUAUGCACUUUACCCUUUUUAAUAUUGGCCAAUCAUCAAGACAAGCCAGCAGCUCGCUCAGUACAAGAGAUCAAAAAAUAUUUUGAACUUGAACCACUUGCACGUGGAAAACGCUGGAUUCUGCAGCCCUGCUCGCUGGAUAACAUGGAUGCACUGAAAGACAGCUUCUCUCAGCUGAUAAAUGUGUUAGAAGAAAAAGACCAUGAUGUUGUAAGAAUGUGAAAUCUGGCAAAGAAAAUGGGCUCCCAAAAGGCCUUGAACCUAUCAUGUUUCUCAUUUUAAUUUUAUUUUGAUAUCAAGACUUAUAAUGGCUUCAUUAUCUAUUUUUCUCUAGUUAUUUCAGACUCUCAUCUCUCUAUUAAAGCGAAUAUUCUGUAAAUCAAGUGAAUUAUCAUCGGCAUUAACGUCAAGUACACACUACUGAGAGAGAAUUUAUUCUCUGUUUACCACUAAUUAUCUUCACCGCAUGUCUCUUCCUUCUGUUGUUCUAAGCGUCUCUUCUAUACUCUGUGCUAAAACGGAUGGAAUUCGUGGCUCACGGAAAUCAAAUCCCUUAUGAAGGACUCAGAAAAGCUCACAAGACCUUGACUAAUUUUCCCUGGGUUUGGGAGUGGAGUAUUGUGUGGCUGGGACUCCACAUAAUAUGUAUAUCAUUUUCAAGAUCUCUUGGGGGUUUUUGUUUUAUUUUAUUUUAUUUUAUCUUAUUUUUGUUUUUCUGUCUUUUGUAUACUGAGCUUAUAGAUGAUGAGAGAAAAAUGAGCACUAAAAACUUCAGUUAAUCACCUUAUCAGGAAGGAAUAUCCUGCCAUAGCAAAAUUGGCUUUGAAGAACUUAAAGACAAGAUGCCUAAUGUUUCCUCGAUUACAUCUGAAGUCUCUCUCCCGUCUUUUAAGAGCAAAGACGUUGUUUUAGGUUUUAAGAGGAGUUAGAGGACAUUUAGGCACCAAGUAUGCAUCACUGAUUACAUUUGAUUGAGUACUCAAAUAUUUUUUAAUGAAAAGAUUAGCCUGUAUAAAGUCAAGCUGCAGUGUAAUAUAGGUAUCUUUUUCUAAAAAUUGGAAGUGUUUAAUUAAAAUAGAGACAAUAAUUUUUAAAAUAGCAGAAAAAAUUUUAAAAGCCAAAAGAAGUAUAGUUUAUACUGGUUAGAGUUUAAGCUGGCAUGGAUCUAACAGAGAUAUCAAAGACAGAAUCAUCUGUAUAUUCAGUCAUUAAGUGCUGAUGUAGUUUAAUGGAGUCUGUUAAGCCUUCCUCCAGUAGUUAAAGGCCUAUCAGUAUUUCUAUUAUAAACCUCUAUUUUCAGGGGUUUCAGUCUGCCCUUAAAAAUGUGCUAGGGCUGUAGCAAAUAAGUAAUUUUAGAGCUCAGAUUCAAUCUUUGGGAUGAUUUUUUUUUUCAUUUAAUUUAAAUGAUAAAAUUACUUGGAGAUAAAUGUAUAGUUUUACUAAGGCUUAGCACCUUUGAUCUUUUCUAAAUCAGGAAAAUUCUAUGGAUGUUGAGGUUCAUAGAUGAAAUAUUCUUUGUCACACUUUGUUGACUUUUAACCACUUAAAACACUAAGUGGCCAAAUGAUAGAAAACUUCUCCCUACCCCUGAGUGAUAAAAACACGUUUGUAAUUUUUAGGUAGCAUAGAUCGAUACCCAAAUACCACAGACUCACACUGUAUUACAGGGUGAUGUAAUAGCUUAUAAUUCUCCAGAAGAUAUGCUUCAGGCCCUUAACAUCAUUCAAAGAUAGUUUUUGUGGUUUAAUAUUUUAAGUGGAUUUUAAUGCCAUCAUUACCUUCAAAACAUCGAACACUUCUUUAGGCUUUUUUCUAAUGCCCUGGAUCGGGAAAGAUCCAUAGUGAUUCAUAUACAAUUUUGUCUACAGCAUCCUUGAAUAUUUUUAACACUGUAUAAUCUGUGAACAGCACCAAACUCUCAUUCCGAUGACCAGUUACACAAUUCCUGUUUUUAUUUUGUCCUGUUGUGCUCAUCUUCUAUGAAAAAUAAAUGAUUAUUAGGCCUUGCUUUCCCUGCAA